UGACACACAUUUUCAUAUCCAAACAGAACGACAGAAUAAUCUAUAUUCUAAAGUUUCCUACGCAUUUUCAGCCGAGACGUUUAAAUCAUAUUUCGCAUACAGUUCUCUUCUUAUUUCACUUCAGCUUGAUGGGCUAUUAAAAUUGACAAGCAAGUGACUCAUUUUCGAAUCUAUUGCGACAACCUUCAAAACCCCACCGUACUCCAAACCACAAAAUCUCAUCGCGACAAAUCCUAACACUGGUAAAUUUGAAACUUGAUCACGGCGUCGUUUCGGGUUGGCCUUGAUUCUAGCGUUUGGUCCAUAAGCUUAAUUGCUACAUUUUUUAUAUCUAAGACACCGAUGUCUGCCGAAGAACCACCAGUGGCUACAAGCCCCGCAAACACUGUGAAGUCAAAGGCAGGAAGUACGGAUUCUGCGCGUUCUUCUAUACCAGCCCAAUCCUCGAGUACGAAAUCAGGAAAUGUGAAGGAACCUGCGAUACCUACUCCCGAUGGAGGAAAGCUGACGGCGGCCGAAUUGAAGAAAAAGGCAAAGGAAGAGAAAGCCGCACGUAGAGCUGCAGCAGUACAGAACAAGGCAGGAAGCGAGAACGCAACUCCCGCGCCCGCAGCAGCAGGACAGAAAACUGAACCCGCGAAAGGAGGAAAAGCUCAGCCCAAGAAAGGUGCAGAAGUACGAAACUUACCAGUCAGAGGAGGGCCGACAAAAUCUGCUCCAGCUAUAGAAGUGCCAAAGGUUGAAGAUAAAACAGUCGAUCUAUUUAGGCAUUUAUACAAACCUCGGACAACUUCAAUUGCUGACGCAGGCAAAGAUGUUCAUCCUGCAGUGCUUGCCCUUGGGCUGCAAAUGAGCAAUUACAUAAUAUGUGGUAGUUGCGCAAGACUCGUGGCAACACUGCAAGCAUUCAAAAGGGUAAGUUUAUGUUUCAGGAUCUAUUUUCUGCAUUUUUAAGUCUAUCAAUUUUCUUUUGGAGCCACGAAUCUGUUACCACUUUCUUACCCUCUCCUAGGUUGUCGAAUCCUAUAAAACCCCUGUUGGAGCAAGUCUCACACGUCAUUUUAUACCGCAUGUCCUUUCUCCUCAGAUUGAAUACUUAGCUUCUUGUCGGCCCCUUUCAGUAUCUAUGGGUAACGCUAUUCGCCAUCUUAAACUGGAGAUAUCAAAAACCGACCCAGACCUGUCAGAAGCUGACGCGAAAGAGAACGUUUGCGAUGCCAUCGAUGUCUUUAUGCGCGAGAGGAUUACUUUUGCUGAUAAAGUCAUCGCCGAUACUACUGCUGAGAAGAUUAGAGAUGGCGACGUUAUAUUGACUUACGCCAAAAGCAGCCUGGUGCAAAAAGCGCUAGUGAGAGCUCACGAAAUGGGUAAGAAAUUUAGAGUCAUUGUGGUUGACUCUAGACCUUUACACGAGGGCAAGCACUUGGCAUCAGCACUUGUCAGUCUAGGCAUCGAAGUCAAGUACUGUCUGAUUCAUGGAUUAAGUCACAACAUCCAAGAUGUGACAAAAGUUCUGUUAGGCGCUCACGCGAUGACGAACAACGGAAGAUUGUACUCGAGGAUAGGCACAGCUUUAGUCGCCAUGGAAGCUUCCAACGCUGACAAACCGGUCAUUGUUCUUUGCGAGACCAUCAAGUUUACUGACAGAGUAGCUUUGGAUUCGAUUGUUCUUAAUGAGAUUGCGCCAGCAAAUGAGCUCGUGAUUGCCGGAGGACCAUUGGAGAAUUGGAUGGAUGUUAAGAAACUCCAGCUUUGCAAUCCAAUGUACGAUGUCACGCCGGCUGAGUACAUCCAGAUGAUUGUUACGGAGUCAGGAAGUAUACCAACAACAUCGGUCCCAGUGCUUCAUAGACUAGUAAACGAAGCUCAAUAGUACGUUAAAAUAUUGGAAUUUUGAAAAGUAUCAAGAGAAGCAUGAUUUCGUAGAGCAGGUGUUGGAAGGCGUUCAAAAAGGGAUCUUGAUGAUAUCAAAAUUGCACCUGAUGUAUGAUAGAAUAAUGGCCGGAUAGAAUGAAAGGCAAUGUUAGAGCUUCCUUACUUCAAUU